CACAAAGUCAACUCUGUCCUCAAAGGGUGGGACUGUUGUUAUGAAAGAUGUCAUUCGUUAGGGCUGCGAUGAUAAUUGCGUCAAAGGCGAGAGUACUGGACUUUGCGAGGGCUACAUCUCGUCUCAGCGGCGUCCAAGUGAGUCAGCCAAUGGUGAAAUGUUGCCCCCAGCCCCGGAUUCCUCACACAGAAGGUCUCAGGGGAUACAGCAGCACCGCCGCGCAGUUGGAACCGGCGAUGCCCUCCUCAGCCGAUGAAGGAGUGAAGCUCAGCGCAUCAUGCGUAAAGCGGCUCAAGGAGAUCAUGGAGAAGGGAGAGUAUCUGAGGAUCCAUGUGGAAGGAGGGGGCUGUUCAGGGUUCCAGUACAAGUUCUCCGUCGACCAAAACAGGGAUGAGGAUGACAGGGUGUUUGAGCAGGACGGGGUGGGAGUCAUCGUGGACCAAGACAGCCUGGAGUUUGUGAAGGGGUCGACCCUGGACUAUACCAACGAGCUGAUCCGAGCCGCUUUCCAAAUGCAGAAGAAUCCACAGGCCGACCACGGCUGCUCAUGUGGCAGCUCCUUCUCUGUGAAGUUAUGAGACCAGAGAUUUGAAUACAGUGUUCACCAAGCAUACUCUUCACUUGGCCGCAUCCAACAGUACAGAUCCCAUACCUAUUGGCAACACUGGCCAAAGUAGAAUAUGUUGUUUAUUGAAGUUAAUAUUGAGUGUGAUAUUUUAUUAUGUAAAAUGUAUAAAAAUAAUUAUAUAUGAAAUAUAUUUAAAUACAUAUUAUCUUUUUCCUCCUAAAUACCAUCUUUGACUUAUUUGUUAAUUGUUAUGUGUGUGCUUGUGUAUUUAUGUAUGAAGGAAAGGGUGAAGGUAUUAGUUUAGACAGGCCUACGUAUCAUAGAUAUAGUUAUUAUACUUUGGAUUAGAGCACUUUUCAGCAUUUCGGCAUUUCUUAACAUUAAUUAGGUAUUUCUCCUUUGUAAAUACACUACCUACUUAUCAAUAUAUUUUCACCAAACUUUAGAUAUAUUU